GCGCUGUUGUUGCUGCCUGCGCCGACAGAACUGCGAGCAGGUCGCGAAUUUUGAAAUCGCUCCGCUCACGCUGCUUGGAAAACUGGGGAUAAAAAGGAGGAAUACAUAAACGUAGCAUAGACAUAUAUAUACAUAUAUGUAUAUUUCAAACGUUCAUGCCAAGUAACGAAUCUCGAUCAAGUUCGUUUCUUUCUGAGGCAACCAAGAUGAGCACCAGCGCCAACACCAACGACGACGCACCCGAGGACUCCUCAUUGUUCAAGUUCUACAUAGAAAAUGGUUACGUGCUGCCGUUGGAGCUAAAGAAUGACAUUAUCUACUGCCAGCGUGCAAUGCGCGACUUUCUCAAAGUGCACGGGCUGGUAUCCGAUGUGUUCAAGGAACAGGCCGAUGCGGAUCCGGUGCAGAUGCAGCGCAUCCUUGAUGAACUGGAGGCGGAGGUAUAUGAGAUAAAUGCUGAGCAGCAGUUUUUAAUGUUGCGCCUAGACCAUCAACUGGAUACAUUCUACAAGAAUCUGGAGGAGAACAAUAUACGGACUGUACCUGAGAUGGCCAACGAGUACAUUUCCAGCCUCAUAGUGCCUUUGAUUGGCGAUGCCAACUAUAAAAUCUAUCCACAAUCGGUGCUCAGCCGCGACAGCGAGGAGAUGCUCAUACGUAAGCAUUUUCUUAUCUCACAGGACGAGGAUGGUGGCGUUGAGCCGCUCAAGCUUAGCGAAUUGGACGACAAUGUGCCGCUAAUGCUCGUCAAUGCACUUAGUGCAUCUGCAACUGCUACUGCAUCUGCCACUGUCAGCGUCAAGCCGCCGCCCAGCGACGAGGCCGCCAGCGAACCGAAGCUGCUUGACGAAAAGAUUGAAUAUGGAGGUGGUUUAGCAAAGCUGUCACCCUCGCCAUCGCCAUCGCUGAUGCAGACCCAGCUGCAGACUGAGGAGGCUCUAUCGCCGACGUCCAAAAAGGAACAGCUGCACUCACUGCUAAUACCGCGAGGUUCGCAGCCACCCGAGCAGCAAGACGAAAAGUUAAACCAGCUGUCGCCAACGCCGCCGCCGCCGCCGCCACCACCCCCGCCGCUAGUAGCCUCCAAACAGCGUGCGCCGCGUGCGGAUGCCAAGCAGGCGGUAAAACGCAUUUUGACAUCGCCACCGCCGCUGGCGCCCAUUACAAAGACACCGCUGGCGACAGAUUUUGAGGAAGUCGCUCAGAGCCGAAUGAAUCUGCGCCAGGCACUGCGUCGCGCGCGCAAGACCAAACAGCAACCCCGUCAAUUCGAUGAGGAGGAUGUCUUAGAGCUGCCCGUCGAGAAGGUGGCGGAGAGUCCGCCACAGCCAAGCACUGCGCCCACUAAAAGCAAACCAGUCAAAGCGAUGGAAGCAACUGCAACAGCGCCAACAACAACAGCAGCAGUAGCAUCUACCAGUGUUGCAGCACCGGCAGCCAAGAAGUCAGCGCCGCAGGCGUCUAGCAAACAGUACAAGACACGCAAUGCGCAUGGUGCUGGACGCAAGCCAGCGACACCGCCGCUAGCGCAAGCGGCUCCGCAGCCGGUGGCAGCAGCAGGUGCAUCAUCUGGUUCAUCCGGUUCCUCAGACGAUUCGCAUCAGGAGCUGGAACUGGAACAGCAGCGCCUGUGCGCCUCGGCGGCACAGUGGCGUGAUGAGCCGCGCGAGACGCGUGUCCUGCCCGCCGAAUAUGGACGCGAGCAUUUUCUGGGCCUGUUUGGUCUCUACACGCAUGACAUGGUCAAGAAGCUGUGCCAGCGCCACUCUAAGCGCAAGCGUCGCACCGUCCAGAAUGCCAGCGGCGUUGAUUUUCAUUAUGGCCAGCAGUUGACCGCCAUCGAUGCGGUGCGUCAAAAGAAGCUCAAGGAUAAGCCGGAGUUUCUAUUGUCGCCCAAGGACAAGCGGCUGCAGGCUAAAAAGGCGCACAAGGCGAAUGCCGCUGCUGUUGCCGUUGUAUCCAAUCGCAAGAGCAAAAGUAAAACGCCGGAAAAGUUGGAGGAUGCGUUGGCCAACGGUCACUCAGAUGUCGGCAAACAUAAGUGCAAGGAGUGCAAAAAGCGUGCGGACAAUUUCCUGACCUGCCAGAGCUGUCAUGGGCACUAUCAUCUGGAUUGUCACGAGGAAGCCAAAGGAAAGACACAGUCAGCGUUGACGUCGGCGUCGCACGCGCAGUUGAGCAGCCGUUGUCCACCGUGCUUAAGGGAUUGGAUGCUGUCGACCGGCCGGACUAAGGGUGGCUCGUCCUAGUACUAAGAUUUGUUUAAUAUUCAAAGUGGCAAGAGUUGUUUUUCGCUCCAGUGUGGACGCUCUGGCCUUAUGUUGUACAGUGUAUCCUGAUCGUUCUAUCCUACAUUUGUUUGUACAUACUUUUUUCUUUUAUUUUGUUUUUUUUUUCAGCCACAUUUAUUAAGCUCU